UAGCCAGAGCAGGAUUUGUCAUCAUCCCAGGAAAUUGAGGGUGGGGUACAUGUAAAUGUACUCUCCUAAAAUGUACCAAAUGUUCUUUAAUUGUGUCCUGAUAUAAUUCAGUGACCUAGAAAUUCUACAAAAUUCAUAUCCAAACAGAUAAGCCAGAGGUGUCUGUAGGGAAGGGGUAAAAAGGUCAAAAUUUUGGCUGUAACCAUGUGUUCUGUCUCCUUUUAACAUGCAUUAUGAUCCAGAAGAAAAAUGUUAGAUAUAAAAUCUAAAUACCUAUCACUUUCAUUUUUUAAAUCAAAUCCUUCCUUAGAAGAGAAAGAGAAACACUUCUUUUGACAGAGAGGCAGGAACUAUUGUUAUUUUUGGAAUUGGUUUUUUUCUUGCUUUCUGUCUUCUACAUAACUUGCUGUCCUCUGUUAUUCUAGAAAACUUUCUAUCCUCAAUUCUUCUACAAAACUGGUAUACAAAGCAAAAUUGCCCCUCUUUCAGCUCCACAAAAAGUUACCCUAUUUGGCACUGAGUAAGAAGAAAGAUCAGUUUCCUUUCUGUAAUUCAGUCAUAUAAAAAGUACUGGUUGAAUCCUAAAAUGAGAGUUAAUACAAGGUGUAUUUUGAUUAAUGUGGCUUAAUAAUAUGGAAGAAAGUAGAAGUAGAAAGAUCUUCAGUGCCUUUUGGGAGACACAUUUUUGUCCUAGAACUUAUUCCACUAUUUGAGCAAAUGAUGGAGCCAUUUCUUCCAUCUGGGCUCAUAUUUUUAAGCCAGAACAUUUUAUUAUGUUUAUUAUUUGUCCAUUAUCAGAAUAGACAAAUAAAGGACACAAGAAUUUCCAGAAGAAGAAAUGGUAAACCAAAGAUGUUUUUACAAAACAUAGAAGUGAAGCUGACAACUACAGUGGAAUGAAGAACUGGCAAGUAAGCCAACUUCUCUGGACAAGGCCCUAUUGUGUGUUUUCUGGAGUCUUCAAACAUUACACCCUUGAAAUUCAACAGCAAGGUACCAGUUUUCUGGCAGAAAGUCAAAUAAGCAAAUGAAUCUUUCAUAGCACCAGAUAUGGGAGGAAUCAAUGACAUCAAAAUAAUGAACACAAUCUGGUAAUUUAAACCCACUCCCUUUGUAUAUGUAUACAUUGUGUGCAACACAUAUUCAAAAGAGGCAAGGCUUCAAUCACUCAGUUGUGACAAUAAAAAAUAAAGCCACAAUAUGAUAAACCCAAGUUAAAUCCAUGAAUAUUAAAAAUAAAUUAAAAAACAUUUAACAAGUUAAACCCAUUUCAAAGAUGUGUGUUAAUGCUUUCUAAAAAAAAAAACAAACCAAGAACUCAACCCUUGAAGUCAGCUAAAAGAACAUUCCAGAGACCUGGACAGAGACCUCAUGAAGACUGAGUCUGAAUCACUGAAGGAAAACUCAUAACAACUAGAGCAAAACUUAUCAGAUGAUCCUUAUCAGUCUUUCUAUUGGGAUUUCAAGGACUUCGCAAUGAAAUUUUUUUCCCUUUACUCAGGACACUUGUACUUUGCUGAAAAGCAAGUCCAAGACUUGCAAUGCUUUUCAGAGACUUUUAAAUCUCUUUAAUUCAGGAUUAAAAAUGAUGUCAGUCGUUCUUGUGAACUCUGGUUCUGCAAACUCUUUUGUACAAUUUAAUAUCUUUGUUUAAAAAGUCCACCCAAGAGAAGGGGACGCCUCAUCAAACCAGACCUAUUAUAGAACUGCAGAACUAUGUGGCAGCCUAUCACCAGCUGCAGCACCUCUGAAUUUAUGGCUAAACAAAUGUUGCAAGCUCACAGAUGAAGGCAUGUCAGUUGUUGACUUGUUGCCCUACAACUUGCGACCUGAUCACUGGCAUGAAACUUACCCCAUAGCCAAAGGGAACAACCAGUCACCUGUUGCAAUUCUUAGCAAAGAUGUCUUCAAAGAUCCUGCUCUUCUGCCUUGGUUUACUGGCUAUGAUCCAGGUGCAGCUAAGAACAUAAGAAACACUGGGAAAACACUACGGAUUGGAUUUGAUGACACUUUUGAUCGCUCAGUGAUUAGGGGAGGACCACUUCCUGGGAUUUACAGGCUCCGUCACCUUAACAUCCACUGGGGUUCUACCAGUGACAAAGGCUCAGAACAUGUGGUGGAUGCAAAAAGGCAUGCAGGAGAGAUUCAUUUGGUACACUGGAAUUCCUCAUAUAGUAAUUAUGCUGAUGCUUUGAGAAAAACUGAUGGGGCGGCUAUUGUAGCCAUUCUAAUGCAAGUAGGAAAAAACCCUAAGCCAGAGAUGAAAAGAAUUAUUGAAGAAAUAGAUGGUAUUAAAACAAAGGGAAAAGAGGCUCCUUUUCCAAACUUUGAUCCAUCUAUCCUCUUCCCUCAAAAUCGAAGUUACUUUACUUAUCAAGGUUCUUUUACAAUGCCUCCAUGUGAAGAGUGUGUUACCUGGAUUAUUAUGAAAGAGCCUAUAAGUGUUGAUGAACAGCAGAUGUUAAAGCUGCGUAGCCUUUCUAGCAAUAGCGCAGAAGAUAUUCAUUGUCCUUUAGUGGACAACUGGCGGCCUCUUCAGCCUCUCAAUAACAGGAUGAUACGAUCAACAUGUCAAUAGAAUCUUUACAGGAGUAAAGAGGAGUCAUGAAGAUCUAAGGUUUUGCACUCAUAUUGUAUAUAGGUGGUUCUUCCUCUGGAUCUGUGCUGUUGAGCCAAAAGUUUUAAGCAAUGAAGCAGGACAACUUACUAAAUGAAUCUAACUUCCUGAGGGGGGAAAAUAAUUAUAGUAAAACUUUAAUUUGUCUAUCGAUAUGUUGGACCUCUCUUUUCAGAAGUCAUAUACUACUUCAUGAUGUUACAGAGACUGAGCAGCAUGUAUCAAAUGCUUCCAAUUGCUCAGCCUUACUCAUUUGGCUGUUCCUGCCCACUGCCCUGGCUAAACUGUUUUCUGCAACCAGAUGUCUUUUCUAUGUGUGGGACUCCAGCUAACAGACAUCUGACUAUUGCAGUUAUAAUAUGCCUAAGAAGUCAAGUAUUGUUUUUAACUUCAGAAUCUGGCUUAUGAGUAUUGCAAAAAGUCUUUUAUCUGAUAUAAUGAUAAACGUUCUGUGAUUUAUUUAGCCAUUCCCACUGGAAGGAGAAGCCAUCAAAUAAUAGAUCUAUGCACUUGCUGAGUUGCUAUAAUUUCCCCAUAUUAUAGUGAUAACCAAACCAGCUUUAUGUAAUCUUGAAAUAUUUUUCUUUUCCCCUUUCACAAUUUAUUAAAAUGUUCUUAAUUUAAAACUGGUCAAAUUCCAACUACCUUCUAUACCAGUUGAAAUUGGUGAAAGAGGAUUUUUUUUCAACAAUAAUCCUAUAUGCCUUUAAAGGUCAUAGACAAAAAAAUAACAUUCAAAUUCUAUUUUUAUACCAAAUUUCCUUGAAAGGCCUAUUGAUUUUAGGAAAUUUGACUUUGAGAAAAUAUGUGCAGUUAAAUAAUAAAAAAGAAAACCCCCAGCAUAUUAAUAUAUUUACAGUAUUUAUUUAUCCUUCUUGAAAUAUAAAUUAAUAUCUUCAAACAGAAGACAGGAUGAGAUAUAAAACUUAUAUUCUAUCCUAUAAUUGUGAAACUUUAUUUCACGUUAAUAACUAUGAAUAUUUUGAACAUCUUAGAUUUGCUUAAUAUGAAGAUAAUCUCAGAGAAUUAAAAGCACACUUUUUUCUUGAAAGGGGAAAAAAGUAUGAUGUAUUUGGUUUUUAGUUGUGCUUUAUUGUUCUGUAGCAUACCAAAAAGUAAUAUUCUGAUCUUAUCCUGAUUUGAUUAUUUAGUCAUUCAUUUUGUGGCAAUGCAGAUAGUGUGCAUUAUAUUCAGAAUUGCUGUUAUAAAUGGAAAGAAAUUUCAUAAUGCAAUGAGAUUUACACAGAUCUCAUUUUAGAUUUGAAACCAAUUAUGAAAUGGAAAAUAUAAUAUAUCUGGACUUUUCAAUGUCAAUUACAUUUUUGAAAAAAAACUUUUAUAUCUCCUAUGUAUAUAUAAUUAGUAAUUUAUAAGCGUCAGAGUAUUUUCCUCAAAUUUUAAAUAAUGGAUUGUUUCCUUCCAAAUUAAAAAUAAAAUCUUUGUCUUUGCAUUAAUUAUUAAUAAAAUGUUGGCUUGGGUUGAUUUUCUUUCUUGCUUUGGGUUUUGCUUUCCAAGAAAAGCAAUUCAAAUUGUACUGUAUGAUGGCAACAUACUUGCUUUUGUAAAACAACAAAAAUAAAUCUAUUUCUUUCAGAAUCAACAU